ACCUUUACAAUGCAUAUAAGGCAUAGGAGUAUUGAAAGUUACUUCUUUAUGUAUUUUGAUAGGCAUACGAAGUGUAAAAGAAGCAUUGUGAGACUUUACAUAAACAUUGUGUGUGUUUCUACCUUCUUUACCUCUAAAAUGGCAUUUGUUUGGACAUGUUUUUGUGCACAGUGUCAUUUACGUCAGGGAUGACAUCUCACUGCCUUCUUAGAAUACUACAUGUGGUUUACACAAUUAUAGAACAUUGUAGAUGUGAAACUGGUAUUGUAGCAAUAACCUUGAGAGUACACAGCCAUUUUAUAGGGGUCACAUUAUUCUGAUAAUUGAAAGUAAUUCAGGCUGCCUAUUUGUUUGUGAGCUUGUCAGCUUAGCAUUAUAUUUUCGUCAACAUGUAUUCUGUACAGUUAUAGACAUGGUCAAGUUCGUUUUGGUACAUUGCCCCGUUUAGGACUAAAAAUGGAAUGUCAGCUACCCAUUUAUAGUGUUCUGUUUUAGCCAAAUGGGUUUUUCAACGAUUUAGAAAUGAAAAUAGCACGCAGUCACUUAAUUUGACAGUCCACAGUCAUGUUUUAGGCACCAACUUUGACAGAUAUGUGUGUGAGUGUGGAAACAACGUUGUGAGACUUGACAUAAACUUCUCACGUUUUGUAUUGCUGACAUACUUUUGCUUCCAUUUUAGAAAUGGAAACAACACUGUGACACUUGAAAAGUACCAUGGAUCAAUCUAGAUGUGGCUACACUCUGACUGAAUUCUUCAUUUUGACACUUGAUAAUGUAACUGGGCUGUGAUUGGCUUCUUAAUUUCAUUGGCUGGUAGUAUGCUGGGAUAUGGUUAGUUGUGUCAUUGUAAUGACAGGUAAAAUACUAGGUUCUGAUUGGGGGAGUUCUUGUAUUUAGUUGUUUCAUAAACCUAUAGUUUGUGGAGCUCUAGGGAAAGUAUUGAUCCAAAUUUACUGAGUCAUGUCCAGACUCAAUGAUAAUCCAUUUUCCUUUAACUGUCUGUUGAUGUUCACCCAUUUUUCAUUAGCUAACUUCUUAGUAAAGGGAUUGGUGCCAAUUUUUAAAAUGUUUUAUUUGUAUCAACUGCUAAAAGGACAAAAUUUGCAACUCAUGUCACUACAAUGUAAUUGAUUUGUAUCAGAAAUAAAUGAGGAUGCAGAAUAGAUCAUUGUGGUGUAUGAUAUCUGAUUGCUUCAAAUGCCCAUAUCUGCGCUAGGAUGACCUGGUCCAUGUCUGCUCUGCUUAUAUACUUCUGUUACAAUGUCACGUGACCACAACGCCACCAGGCAGCACCCAACAUCGUGGUGGGCAGUGGUCAUAAUGUAUAGGUUCAUCAGUAGUAUUGGUCUUGAUAACAAGAAGGCUGACUCAUUUAAGGAAAAGUUGUCUGUAAUGCGUAAUGUAUCAGAGGAGGGCAGCAUCAAUGGGGCGUGUCAGUGGUUGUGGGCAGCAUUAAGUCGUAUGGUAAACAUAACGUUGUUGAUGAUUGGUGAGGCGAUACAUGGCGUUCCCGGCUCUGUGUGCAGCGAUUUGACAUUUACAAGCUGCAGCGUGUUGGUCGUUGAAUAUGGCCACAGGUUUUGCGAGCUAAUCGAAGCCAGUUCGAGAAAUCAUUCGGCUGUACUCAUAAAGGUUUUCCAGACAACUGGAUCAGGUUGACAACGGUCUUUCCCCCGUGUUAACAUCGGUCCCCGCCAGAUCACCGAAGUUGCGUGCUGUUAGGCUUGGCUAGCAGUUGGACGGGUGACAAGCUAGGUCUGCCGAACGCUGUUGACAAGCGCGAAGUAGUCAGCUCUUAUGAGGCCAGUCGAGGAGCUACUUCGAGGUAUCGACUCGACUAAAAGGUAGCGGCAGUGGUAACAAAAGAUAACAACGACCAGCAGGAAGGGGUGCUGAUCACAUGAUCCUCCACAUCCGCAUCCAGUGACGCCUGGCUGCUAAAAGGACACGGCGACUGGUCGGUACCACUGAGCCUUCAGAGGACCACGGACUUUAGUUUGGUUUUGGUCAAACUGGUUCAGUUUGUGUAAAUGAU